GAGAGACAGGGCACGCCUGGCCACAGGAAGAAUCCAGCACAACACUUUACUCCCCUCAGACUCUGGCAAGGAAAUAGGCUUGAGCUACUGGCCAGCAGAGCAGCAUCGAGCGGGCUGGGUAUUUCAAAUUUCAAAUCCGUCCAGUUUUUUGCCAGGACGGGGAGAUUGUUCACGUGUCACAUGGCAUCGCUGAAGCGGAGUGCCGAGGACGCGCUUGAUAGCCAUGGUGAUCGGGAGAGAGGUGCCAGUGGACAAAGAGAUGAGAUCAGCUCUUGCGUUGGAGGACCAUCCCAAGAUGAGAAAACACCAAAAACCGGGAACGCUCCUCCGCCAAAGAGCUCGUUGGAAAAUCAUCCGGCGCAUCAAGAGGGUCAACUACACCUCACCGGUGCCCUGCCUAAGCUCGUCGUGCUCGACCUGGACAAAACGGUGUGGCCCGUCUACUGCCACGAGGAAACCAGGGGGCCGUACACUCGGUGCCUUGGCAACACUCGCUUCUGUGACAGUGAAAGCGCUGUGGAAUGUUACAGUUCCUUCGGGGGGAAAAAAGUCGUACGACUUUUCCCUGACGUGGUCGCCCUAUUACGUUGCCUCCAACAACAGGGAUCAAUCCGCCUCGCCGUGGCAAGUCGUUCACCUAUAGACGAGGGCGGAGCAGCACGAGGCAUCUUGGGCGCCGUGGGGCUACUGGGCCUGUUCUGCUGCCUCGAAAUUCACACAGGAAGCAAGGCAAAGCAUUUCCAGAAUAUCCACGCGGCUACGGGUGUAGAAUACCGAGACAUGCUGUUCUUCGACGACGAAAAGCACAACAUUAAGACCGUCAGAAGGCUUGGCGUGACCUGCAUCAAGGUUAGCAAAGAAUCCGGUCUAACGUUCGCCGCCGUGAACGCGGGGUUGAAGGAGUACAGGGAGGCGUGCUUGUCGCGGUCAAGCCUGAGAGGUUGGUUCACCCCGGCGGCACCGAAAGAAGACAGCGAACACGCGGGGCAAGUAAAGAGGGACUGCGCAGAUGGCGCGUGUAGAGACGAACCGCGGUGAAAUCCAAGCGGAUUCGUGUUCUCGUUUCUACGUACUCACUGAGCGUAACCUUGUUGGACCCUGAAGCCAGGCACGUCAAUGUUGAUACUGGUAGUAUUCUACAGGAUUACGGGUUCCACGGGGUCGUGGGUAUGGUACGUUAGCUUGCAAACCAGUGCGAAGUGCAGUUGGUGUCGUGUCUCAUGCUGUGGGGGGGUCUACACCCGUCACCUUGUGCGACCGACUGCGACGGCUUCAACUCCUGAGCGUCGUCAACGAAAUGAUGGCUUUAUGUAUAGACAAGGGGUAGCCUUCUAGUGUACAAGUCUAGAGAUACCACCCAAGUGCGGAAAUGGCACCGCGAUGGGGGGGUGUACACCCGUCACCUGAUGUGACUGUCACAGCUUCACCUCCCCAAGCGUUGUCAACUAAAGUAGUCUGAUCAUUACGGAUGUAGAAAUUGGUAGUGUACAAGUCUAAAGCUAACGCAGUAGUGCGGAAAAAGGCACAAAAGUACGCUCACAGAGGUGAAAAAAGACACCGCAAGCUCGUUGGACAGAUUUGUGGUCUUGCCAAGCUUGGAGGCGUUUAGUGAUCGUCAGCCCCACGGCGUGCCAGACCGCCUGAUCCCGACUCUCUGCGAUCUUCGCUUGCUUCGGAAUCUGACCCAUCUUGAACCCUGGAGGGGGGGAAGCACAGCAAGAGUUGAAGGGCACAAUGAAGGGCACAGUGGGUGUUGUCAACACCAACACCCCCCAUUCCAGGUUGAGACUGCCUCGGGUACCGGUGCUAGCUGUGUCUGUACUUGUCAUAUGCGUUCUGUUCUGUACUCACCACGUGGUUCUCGGGUCGUCGACGGCCUUGCCUUCAUGUGUGCAGAGAUCUCUCAGGAGCCGCAGAAUUUUGACCUAUAAGAAUGUACGACCGAAACGUAAAGAGUCAGGUUAUAGGAUGCAACAGCUGCCGUUGAACGCCGAGUUUGAGCAAGUUUCGUGGGCGGAUAGCUGCCGCAGCGACCGGUCCGGUCAAGACCGUUUCGCCACAUGAAAAUUCCAUAUUGCCCAUGUCUGGGCUUCUCUGAA